UCUUCCUCUUCCCUCUGAUUUUGUGCCAUUCUCUCGAUGUUUUUAUUCAUUGAGCAAUGGUUGUGACUUAUAUGUUGUUCUACAACUGCAAUAUGUCUUCUCCGUGUUAUUGAAUGUUGUGAGGAGUUCUUAUCAUUAGAUUUGAAGAAGCAAACUUUGUGUUUGCAUUGGAAAACUUUGUGUUUAAGGAAUAUUCAAACAUGAAUGAUGUGAUUUCUCAAUAAUGUCAUGACCUAAGGAGAAGAAAAGAGCAAUAUAUUCAGUUCUUUGCAUGAACAUUAAAACCCGGAUCGUUUGAUGAAGUUGUCACCAAGGAAAUUUUGAAUUAGAGUCAAUGGAAGAAUGCAACUGUAGUAAAGACGAGAGCAAUAUACUUCAGCUUGGUUUUCCGGAGUGGUCGAAUUGGAGCAAAAAACCUCGCACAUCACGACAACAAAUACUCCAAACGGAAUCUCAGAAGCUUCCGACAGUUGCAGAAUCUCCAGCAGUUGAUCCAAUGGUGCAGAAUGGUCCUUCCUACCGGUGCAAUCAGUGUGCUGCUGUUUUUACUUCACCGCAAGCCCUUGGCGGCCACAAAGCCUCCCACCGGCGCAAACAACCGUCCAUGGCUGGAGACAAGAUCCCUGCAGCUCCAUCUGGAAAAAGGGUUCACAAGUGCUCCAUCUGCAAUGCAAGCUUCGCAACGGGCCAAGCCCUCGGUGGUCACCAAACUUUACACCGCCGUCAUAUUUCUCCAAUCUCCAGCAAGAGAAAUGUCGUGCACAGGUGCUCCAUUUGCAAUGAAGAAUUCACGACAGGACAAGCCCUUGGUGGUCACAUGCGGAGGCACUAUGAAGGCGAUCUCAGCCGCGGUUCUAGAAGGCAACAGACAGAUGACCAUAUUGGAUCAGUCUCUUCUUCGAAGCCCUGCCUUAAUAUUGAAUUAAACAAGUCUCCAACAAGGUCGGACAACGAAUAUUAUGAUGAGAACUAGACGUUGUUGUAAUGCUGCUGUUAGUUAUGGUAUAAAAUGACUGAAACUCUUCAGAGAUUUGGUGUACAUUAUGAUGCAUGGUUUUUAAGAACUAAAUCGUUUUAUUAUAUCUAUUACCAUAUUAUA